AUGUAUACAUCAAAAGAAUCCGAUGUCACAAAAUGCUUAGAAUCUUCGUCUUAUGAUGAAAAAACAUUAGCAGCUCUUGCCGCCAAUAUAAAGAAUAACAAAUAUCCAACGAUUUUUAUGGUGGACGAAACUGGAGAAAGAAAAAGUACACAUUUUGGAUUUGAUAAAGAUAUUGGUCAACAGGUUACAUAUCAAAAGCAAAAGGCUACUAAUAGUUGCUUUAAACCUGACACUAAAGUUAUACUUGAAAAUGGAAAAAUUGUCCCUAUGUCUUCGAUCAAUGUCGGUGAUAGAAUUUGUGUAGGGGCAAAAAAUGGUGCAUUAGAAUUUUCAGAAGUUUAUCUGAAUGCUCAUUGUAAUCUUGAGGCUGAAGCUGAAUAUCAAAAGAUUGAAUUUACCACCCCUACGGGGUUAACCGAAUCCAUUCUACUCACCCCCGAUCACCACAUACUCACAAACAAUAAUUACUUUAAUUAUGCAAAGAAUGUACAACCAUAUUCUACUAAACUUCACAUUCUAAAUCGCACAGAAAUGGAAAUUCACAAAGGUUAUAUUUCUUUAUUAACACGAUCUGGUACUAUAGUAGCAGACAAUGUAUUGUGUUCAUGCUACUCCACUUGUGCUCCAUAUCAAGAUACCAUUCAUACAUUACUUGCUCCAUUAAGAUUUUCAACACGAUUUAGAAAGUCUACGCAUACAGGAGAAGAAAUUCAUCCGUAUCUCGGUUUUAUAUAUAAUAGAUAUAAAGAAGCUAAUAAUAUUUACGGUGGUUUUGAGAAAGCUACAUCUCGAAUAAUAAAUUUGUGA